GGUGGCCUCCUGCCCCAGGGCUGCCCGGGAAGGGUUGGCUCUGGGGCUGUGGUAACCGGGGUACCGCCCCUCGCCCGCUGCCAGGGAGCUGUAGGCCUUGGCGGGCCCGCGGCUGGCGCGAGCCCCCUCCCAGCAGCGCUCCUGGGCGAGCCCCGCGCGAACAGCCACGUCCGGGUCAACCUUGCAGUCUCCGGCACGGGGUGGACUUUUGCGCAUGCGCUCUCCUCUACCCCCGGCCCUAGAGCGCGCCGGCUCGCAAACGUCCUCGUGCGCGGGGGGCUCCGGCCGUCGCCGCGGAAACCAACCUCCUGACAGGUCGCGGGCGAAGCUCGCCUUGGGGCCCGGGCUCUGCUUCCGGAGCAGCCGGGAGCUCGGCAGGCCCGGAAGCUGAUGUGGCAGCUGUAGCCAUGUGGUCAGCUGAUGAAGUUGCUGGUCUGUGCUACACACAUUAUAGCACCAAGCUUCCUAAGCAGGGGAAGCCGGAUCCUAACCGGGAGUGGACUUUACUGGCAGCUGUGGUUAAAGUGGAGUCUGCACCUGAAAGAGAGGCUUGCCUUAAUGUUGGGAAUCUACAGGUAACUAAGGAAGUUGUUGCUAUGGGGACUGGAACUAAGUGCAUUGGCCAUACAAGAAUGAGGAAAACUGGGGAUAUUCUCAACGACAGUCAUGCUGAAGUCAUUGCCAAGAGGAGUUUCCAAAGGUAUCUCGUCCACCAGCUGUGGCUGGCAGCCUCACACCAACAGGGCAGCAUCUUCAGCCCAGGGACUGAGAUUGGGAAAUGGAAACUCAAACCACACAUCACCUUUAUUUUUUUCUGCAGCCAUACCCCCUGUAAGUACAUAAGAGCCAAUCCCUCAUGCUCUCAUCCCUGCCUGGUGCAUGUGAGCCAGCUACCCCAACCAUGGCUGAGAGAGGGUGGAGAUGCCUCCAUUAUUCCAAUGACCAAACCAGAGGACCAGCCUUGUGAGCUGGUUAGUAGAAAAGAUCCAACAAGGCAUUCAGCAGAUUGCAGUGGCAACCAUGAUCCUGUGGGUCCAGAAAAUAAAAGGAAAACAGAGGAAACUGCAAGUGAUCAUGUGACCAAGAGAAUGAAAACUGUCAUCAGUGAUUCUACAUGUGAGGUCACUGAGAGAAUAACUGCUCAGUAUGUUCCUGGCAAUCAACAAAACAUACAAGACACAAAUAUCAGCCGCUCUGAAUUUAUUACAGAUGGACAAAGAGAGAUCUUAACGUGUGCUAAGGAGACCGGACUAAUAGGAGCCAAAGUGAUGGAUGUUUAUAGAACCGGAGCAAAGUGUGUGCUGGGAGAGAGGGAUGAUGCUCGGAGACCUGGGGUAGAAUAUCAUCAUGUUGAGUUACUACGAGUGAAGCCAGGCCGUGGAGACAGGACCUGCUCCAUGUCCUGCAGUGAUAAACUAGCUCGCUGGAAUGUACUGGGCUGUCAAGGAGCCCUCCUGAUGCAUUUCCUACAGCACCCGGUGUAUUUCUCAGCGGUUGUAGUGGGGAAAUGCCCAUAUAGCCAAGAGGUCAUGCGGAGAGCAGUUAUUGAAAGAUGUCAGCACAUCUCAUUUUUACCUGAUGGUUUCCAUGUUCAGGAGGUGAAAAUGUUGCAGUCAAAUCUUCAGUUUAAACAUAGCCGCCAUGCAAUUCAGACAGGUCAUGCUAAUGGCAAAGCAAAGCUUGUUCCUUGUGGUGCAGCUAUCAGCUGGAGUGCUGUCCCUGAGCAACCUCUAGAUGUCACCUCAAAUGGCUUCAAGCAAGGAACAACAAAGAAAGGAAUCGGAAGUUGCCAGACCAGUGAGAGGAACCAGCCAGAGACACUAGCCCAUGGGAGCAGAACCAGGAACCUUUUGGACCUAUGGAUCCUUAGAUCUUUCUGCAAUUUUCAUUGGACUCUUCCUGCUCUGUGCUGAUUGGCUGCUUGUUCCAUCCCUCCCUCAGUCUCCUCACCUCAUCUUCACUCUACAUCUGACCCUCUUCUCCCCUGUCCUGUCCCCCUCAUUCCCCUUCCCUUUUCUUUCCCUUUAGCUUAUCUCCUCUUAUGUAGCCCCCCAUCUGCCUUCCUCCCCGUUCCUCCCCAAAAGUGGAACUAGCAUGCUGUUUGCUGUCAUCACAUUGCUCACUCUGCUGGUGUGUUCUAUUCCUUCCCCCACCCUGUGUCUGUCUGGUCUAGUUACACUGUAAGUUCUUCAGGGCAGGGACUGUCUGCUGCUCUGUAUUGUACAGCGACUGGUCCUGUUCUUGGUGGGCCCUUAGGCACUGCCAUAAUAAACAUGUUAAAUAAUAAUACCUGCUCCUAGAACUGUGGAUAAGUGCACUUUAUAUAAUUGCAAUAAAGUCAGACCAGAGAGACCAAGAACUGGAUGGACUAUGGAGGUUGAAUUAACCUCUCAUCCUGAACAG